AUGGGAAAGACGCGCGUCAUCUCCAAGGGUUACCGCCACGGUACCCGUGACAAGUAUUCCAAGAAGUACAGGACCAAGGGUAGACCCGGUCUGGCUCGGUACCUUGUGAACUUCAAGCGGGGCGACUAUGUGGACAUUGUGGCGGAUCCGUCCAUCCAGAAAGGCUUGCCAUAUUCCUUCUACCAUGGCAGGACUGGCAUCGUGUUCAACGUGAACCGCAACGCUUUGGGAGUCGAGAUGACCAAGAUCGUGGGCAACCGUCAGCUGCGCAAGCGCCUCCACGUGCGCAUUGAACACGUGCGCAAGUCUCGCUGCAACGAAGCCUUCCUGCACCUUGUGAAGGAGAACGACAUGAAGAAGCAACAAGCGAAGAAAGAGGGCAAGAGCAUUGUGUGCAAGCGAGUUCCAGAAGGCCCCAAGCCCAUGAAGACGGUGACCGCGUCGCCAGAGGAUGUGGAGGUGCUGGCUCCCCUGCCUUUCGUUGAGAACUACUUCUAG